AUGGUGGCUUUGUCGAUGGCAGAUGGGUACGCGAGAGCGACAGGAAAAGCCCAAGCAGUGCUUGUACAUUAUCCCUCGACCUUGGAAGGUGAAGAGCGCGGUACGAGAACCGAAUUCGUCAAUUAUCUCCAAGAUAUUCCCGACCAAGCAGCAAUAGUACGCCAAUACUGCAGAUACACCAACGAGAUUAGGAACAGCAACAAUGUCAAGCAAGUGGUUGCUCGUGCCCUGCAGAUUGCCUCGUCAUCACCCAAGGGCCCGGUGUAUCUCUACGCCGCGCGGGAGACUCUGGAGCGAGACACCAAACCAUUGAAGCUCCAGUCGAAGCUCUGGAAGCCCAUUGGACCAGCCGCGCUCCCUGAGGAAGCAGUCCGAGAGAUCUCGGAGGCAUUGGUUUCUUCUAAAGAACCAUUGAUUGUGACUGGCUACUCUGGUAGAAAUGCUGGGGCCCCGACCGAACUUGUCAAACUUGCAGAUACAAUUCCAGGGCUGAGGACCCUCGACACUUCGAUGGGAGAUAUGUGCUUUCCGGCAAAUCACCCAGCCUGGCUCAGUGGCAGAUACUCAUCCCACCCUAGCAUCCCUGAAGCUGAUCUCAUCUUGGUUUUGGAUUGUGACGUCCCAUUUGUCCCUGUACAAUGCCGACCAUCACCAACCGCAAAAGUCUAUCACAUCGAUAUCGACCCGCUGAAAAGGAGUAUGGCAAUGUAUCACGUUGACGCUGUCGGCCUAUGGCAAGCAGAUUCAUAUACGGCGAUCAAACAGAUAAACACCCACCUAUCUAGGCCGGAGUAUGCAAACGAUUUGAAAAGUCUUCGAUAUUUGACCUCUGCAGCCUCCCGAGAGCAAAGUCAUAAUCAGCUGCUGUCCGAGAUCGCGCACUCAGCGAUUCCAACUUUGGGUUCUAACACACCUCUGACCGCUGCUCUUAUUGCCGCGGAGUUGAAGCGCAGUCUGCCAACGACGACCAAGUAUGCCGUGGAGGCUGUGACUAAUACUGCAUCCACAUAUGAUCAGCUAUGA